ACCACAGUACUGACAAUGACUACUCUCAUGAUGGGUGCCCGUACCUCUCUCCCCAACGCCAACUGUUUCAUCAAGGCCAUAGACGUGUACCUGGGCAUCUGUUUCACCUUCAUCUUUGGGGCACUGCUGGAGUACGCCUGCGCCCACUUCUGUACCGUCCAGCACCAAACCGUAGGAGACAUACACAGGGUGGGUCAAAUAGAGAAAGUGUGUGUGUGUCAAGUGAAAUCAAAUGCUAUUUGUCACAAGCUUGGUAAACAACAGGUGCAGACUAACAGUGACGGGUCCAUCCCCAACAAUGCAGAGUGUGUAUGUUUAUAUGUGUACUUGUCUACCAUAUUUCUGAGAUGAGACCCCCCCCCCACAAAAUGUCUCUCUUCUCCUCAGGAGCUCCUUCAGGAGUUUGAUGACUCCAACGGAAACGGUACCAUGCCCGUGGUCAGCUCCAGCCAACCAAAUCAGGUCCUGGAGCUAGGCUCCACCCAAAAGGAUCUUGUUGACCAAUCAGGGGCGAGUGUCAGCGAGGCCGAGGCUACAGAGAAGAAGCCGGAGAAGGGGUGUGGCCUGACGUCGUUUAAGAACGCGGCGCGGCGUGCGUUGUCUGUGUUUAGCGUAGAGAACCCUCACAACAUUGACCGCCAUGCUCGCACCAUGUUCCCCCUCACCUUCCUGGCGGUUAAUGUCUUCUACUGGCUCUACUAUCUCUUCAUCUGAUCUGGGUAGCACACAUCUCUUCAUCUGAUCUGAGUAGCACACAUCCCAUCAUCUGAUCUGAUCUGAGUAGCACACAUCUCUUCAUCUGAUCUGAGUAGCACACGUCAAAUCAUCUGAUAUGAUCUGACCAGUACACAUCUCUGAUCUGAUCUGGGUAGCACACAUCUCUUCAUCUGAUCUGAGUAGCACACAUCCCAUCAUCUGAUAUGAUCUGAGUAGUACACAUCUCUUCAUCUGAUCUGAUCUGAGUAGCACAAUCUCUUCAUCUGAUCUGAGUAGCACACAUCCCACCAUCUGAUCUGAGUAGCACACAUCCCAUCAUCUGAUCUGAGUAGUACACAUCUCUUCAUCUGAUCUGAGUAGCACACAUCUCUUCAUCUGAUCUGAGUAGUACACAUCCCAUCUGAUCUGAGCAGUACACAUCUCUUCAUCUGAUCUGAGUAGCACACAUAAAAUAAUCUGAUAUGAUCUGAGCAGUACACAUCUCUGAUCUGAUCUGGGUAGCACACAUCUCUUCAUAUGAUCUGAGCAGUACACAUCUCUGAUCUGAGCAGCACACAUCUCUUCAUCUGAUCUGAGCAGUACACAUCUUUGAUCUGAGUAGCACACAUCUCUUCAUCUGAUCUGAGCAGUACACAUCUCUGAUCUGAGUAGCACGCAUCUCUUGAUCUGAUCUGAGUAGCACGCAUCUCUUGAUCUGAUCCGAUCUGAGUAGCACACAUCUCUUCAUCUGAUCUGAAUAGCAUGCAUCUCUUGAUCUGAUCUGAAAAGUUCACAUCAUCUGAUCUGAUCCGAAUGGCCCUAUUUCCUAUGAGGUGCACUACUUUUGACCAAAGCCCAGUAGUGCACUAUAUAUUGCGUCCAAAAUGGCCCCCUUUUCCCUAUGUAGUGCACUACUUUGACCAACACCUAUAGAGAAGGACCCUGGUCAAACAUGGUGUACUACACUCUUAGAAAAAAAGGUGCUAGCUAGAACUUUAAAGGGUUCUUAAGUUGUCUACAUAGGAGGACCAAUUGCAGAACCCUUAUUGGUUUAAGGUAGAACCUUUUUGGUUCCUGGUAAACCCUUUUGGGUUCCAUGUAUAGUUCAUUCAGAAAGUAUUCAGAUCCCUUGA